UCCAUAGAGUUUGGUAUUGUCGCAUAAAGAAUUGCCCUACGUAAUGAAGAGCUCUUUUUGGUAGCUACUAAUAUUUUACGGCGCAUCAAUGUCCUGGAUUUCCGCGAUAACGACAGUGUCGCAAUGGAUACUCCUAUAUCCUGUUACCUUUCUCAUAUACUACGGAUAUCGAAUCUUGCAACUAUUGGUAACGCCAUUGGUGAAACUAGGACAAUUCUCUCUUCACUGCACCCUUUGGCCCUUUAAUAUAAUUUUGAAAUUUGAGGCUUUUUUGACCUUUGUUUUGGCAGCUAUACUCACAGGGGUAUCACUGGGGCUGCUAUUGUACUAUACGAGUUCCUUCAUUGUGGAGAUUUUGAACCAGUCUCUGGGGCUAAGUUACCCUUUACCUCGUCAACCCGAAGCUUAUCAGGCUGGCGCCAUCAAGGGACCGAAGAGAAACGCUCUGGAAAGAAGAUAUAGUCCGCUCAACGAGUACCUGGCCGGCAGCAGUAGACAAAUCCAAAAGAGUGGUCUUCUGUCUUCCACGAUCUUAGAGGAGGAAGAAUCCAAUCAGGAUUCAAAUGGGAAUGAUCUCUAUGACUGACCAGGAGAGGCAAGAGAUAUGCCUAUGUAUGUAUCCUAACAUGCCCUUCAUGAUUUUGGGGGAGGGGGG